CCGGAGUCAGUGAGUCAGGAAACAAGCCGAACCGUGCCGCGCCGGGGUUAGACACAGAGCUCGACCCGGUGUCUCCACACACACAGAGCCGUAGCCUUUAUCUGAGGAUGGAAGGACAAGCGAAGGGGACAUUCACUGUCGGAUAAAUCACCGAGACGGAGAAAACGCACAGAAUUCAGGCGGGAAUCAUCUGAAACCGCCCGUUAGGAGUGAGACGGACCUGCCUGGGUGUUACGGUGAUUCUGGGCAGGUGAACGUUAGCAGGUAGCCCGGCUAGCUAGUCACGCAGCAGGGAGCUAGCCCACAGGUAGCUAGCAGCAAGCGUUUUAACUAACUAACUAAAUAAUUAACGAGUUAGGGUGGAUGAACUGUUGCCAGACCCCAAGACGACAGCUUAGCACGGGAGAAACUAGUGGUUGCUGGAGCUGCAGGGUUGAUUGACAGCUUGUCACAACGGGUUUUCCAGAUGUGGACUCGGCACGUUUUGGAUUAGCUUGCCCGGAGCCGCAGGACUGGCUGCGGACCAGGAAUGGCCUGGCUGCAACAAACUCUUGAGUGGACUCGACUCUAAACUGCUUCAACAAGCGAUGGACUGACACGUUAAGCUAGUCAGUUUAGGGAAAGGUCAUUCAGCCAUAAAUUUAAAAAAAAAAAGACAGGCUGUCAGCUGGGUCACAGACACACACGAGGGAGUGUUUUUACAGGGAAGUGGAAGAAGAUGCAGAGGACGGAAAACAAGAACAAGAGGAAACUCUGUAACAUGGAGCAGCUUCAGAGGGAAGAGAAGGAUGCGAAGGAGUUUGCGGCUCCCCCACCUCUCCUCUUCAGGAAGUUGAGUAACCCCGACCUGUCGCCUGCAGCAACCUCUGCUACGAAAUCCAAACUGCACCGACAGCUGAGCCAGGAUGAAAGCUGGGCCCGACGCAGCAGCAUGGCCAUGACCGGUAAGCAGUUACUGCCUCUGUCCAGCAGUCUGCAUGCCGGGGUGAGUCAGCUGGCCUGGCAGGGGCCCUCUGGAGGGCCCGGGGCCACCGGGGGAAUGCCUGCAGGAGGAGGGGAGGUGAACAACCUGGUCCGUAUGAGGAGCCAAGUCUUGGGACAGUCUGCUCCGUCUCUCACCGGCCUGAAGGAGCUGAGCCUUCCCAGAAGAGGCAGUUUCUGUCGGACCAGCAACAGGAAGAGCUUGAUCGUGACGUCCAGCACGUCCCCCACCCUGCCACGACCCCAUUCUCCUCUGCAUGGACACACAGGCACCAGCCCUCUGGACAGCCCGCGGAACUUCUCCCCCAACACAGCUGCACACUUCUCCUUUGUUCCUGCACGCAGUCACGGACACAGGGCUGACAGGACGGAUGGCAGACGCUGGUCUCUGGCCUCAUUGCCUUCCUCUGGCUAUGGCACCAACACUCCCAGCUCUACUGUCUCGUCCUCCUGUUCAUCUCAGGAGAAGCUGCACCAGCUGCCCUUCCAGCCCACUCCGGACGAGCUGCACUUCCUCACCAAACACUUCAGCUCUGAGAGCAUCACGGACGAGGAGGGUCGCUGCUCCCCCGCCAUGAGACCGCGCUCCCGCAGCCUCAGUCCCGGGCGCUCGCCUAUCUCCUUCGACCAUGAGAUCGUGAUGAUGAACCAUGUGUACAAGGAAAGGUUUCCCAAGGCGACAGCUCAAAUGGAGGAGCGUCUGGCGGAGCUGCUCUACUCCUCGGCCCCGGAUAAGGUCUGCCCGCUGGCCGAUGGGGUCCUGAGCUUCAUCCACCAUCAGCUGAUAGAGCUGUCCAGAGACUGCCUGGAGAAAAGCAGGGAGGGCCUCAUCACCUCCCGCUACUUCUACGAGCUCCAGGAGAACCUGGAGAAGCUGCUGCAAGAUGCUCACGAGCGCUCAGAGAGCGUGGAGGUUACCUUCGUCACACAACUCGUCAAGAAGCUGAUGAUCAUCAUCGCCCGGCCAGCGCGCCUGCUGGAGUGUCUGGAGUUUGAUCCUGAGGAGUUCUACCAUUUGUUGGAAGCAGCAGAGGGCCAUGCCAAGGAGGGCCAGGGCAUCAAGUCCGACAUCCCCCGAUACAUCAUCAGCCAGCUGGGCCUCACCAGGGACCCCCUGGAGGAAAUGGCCCAGCUGAGCAGCUACGACAGCGGGAACCCAGAGACCCCAGAGACUGAUGACUCAGUGGAUAGUCGAGGCACCACAGUCCCAGCAGCUCCACCGCAGACUAAAACCAAACCACCUCGAGAGGAAGACUUUGAAAACAUCAAACUCAUCAGUAACGGAGCUUACGGCGCUGUGUUUCUGGUGCGUCACAAGGAGACCCGUCAGCGUUUCGCCAUGAAGAAGAUCAACAAGCAGAACCUGAUCCUGAGGAACCAGAUCCAACAGGCCUUUGUUGAGCGAGACAUCUUGACGUUUGCUGAGAACCCGUUUGUAGUAUCCAUGUUCUGUUCUUUUGAGACCAGGAGACACCUCUGCAUGGUGAUGGAGUACGUAGAGGGCGGAGACUGCGCCACGCUGCUGAAGAAUAUUGGAGCUUUGCCGGUCGAUAUGGCUCGUAUGUACUUUGCAGAGACCGUCCUCGCGUUAGAGUAUCUUCACAAUUAUGGCAUCGUACACAGAGACCUCAAACCUGACAAUCUUCUCAUCACGUCCAUGGGACACAUUAAGCUGACAGACUUCGGCCUCUCAAAGAUCGGUUUGAUGAGUUUGACCACAAACCUGUAUGAAGGACACAUAGAGAAAGACACCAGAGAGUUCCUCGAUAAACAGGUGUGUGGCACUCCAGAGUACAUCGCCCCGGAGGUGAUCCUGCGCCAGGGUUACGGGAAGCCGGUGGACUGGUGGGCUAUGGGAGUCAUCCUGUAUGAGUUCCUGGUGGGCUGUGCUCCCUUUUUCGGAGACACACCAGAGGAACUGUUUGGUCAGGUCAUCAGUGAUGAGAUCAUCUGGCCAGAGGAGGAUGAAGCUCUGCCUCAGGAGGCUCAGGACCUCAUCUCCAAGCUGCUGAGACAGAAUCCCCUGGAGAGACUGGGCACAGGAAGUGCCUUUGAGGUAAAGCAGCACCAGUUCUUCACAGACCUGGACUGGAACAGCCUGCUGAGGCAGAAGGCCGAGUUCAUUCCCCAGCUGGAGUCUGAGGACGACACCAGUUACUUUGACACUCGUUCUGAUCGGUACCACCAUGUAGACUCAGAAGAAGAAGACGACACCAAUGAUGAAGAACACGUGGAGAUUCGACAGUUCUCCUCCUGCUCACCUCGCUUUAGCAAGGUGUACAGCAGUAUGGAGCGCUUGUCUCUGCACGAGGAGAAGAGGACGCCUCCGCCCACCAAACGCAGCCUCAGCGAGGAGGGAAGCGAUCGGAUCGACAGUCUGAGCGGACUCAAGUCCAGAGAUCGAUCCUGGCUGGUGGGAUCUCCAGAGAUCCUGCGGAAGCGUCUGUCUGUCUCGGAGUCGUCCCACACAGAGAGCGACUCCAGCCCACCGCUGACAGUCCGCAGACGCUGCUGUUCUGCCAUCAUUGAGAUGCCACGCUUCGCCAUCUCCGCAGAGGAAGAGGGAGGCCAAGGUGCGGCUGGAAGUCGCAAGAGUCCCGGCCUGUUGGGUCCGAGUGCAGUGAGGGGCCCGCGCAGUGACGAGCUGCCCCUCGCCAUCCCAGAGCUCCCAGUGGAGAGAGAGCUGAAACUCGAUGAGUCUCCCACCACACCGAGCUCCACCUCCAGUCAACUGAGCAAAGCCACGCUCACACCGGGUAGUUCAGGCGACGUGUGUGAUCGUGCUAAGAGAGGUAACGGCGCUAACGGCGCCAGUGGAGCUGCGAAAGGUGCAUCAGACAGCGACUCUCCAUCGACUCCAAGAGCCAUCAGCGACCUGGCGGCUCGCAGGGCUCGCCACCGGCUGCUCUCUGGAGAUGCAGAUAAACACACGGUGACGCAAACCUCCAGACCGCUCAACAAGGUCAUCAAGUCGGCCUCUGCCACCACGCUGUCACUGAUGAUCCCUGCAGACCACCAUGGAGCCUCUCCAUUGGCCAGCCCGAUGUCGCCCCACUCGCUGUCAUCCAACCCGUCGUCGCGGGAUUCCUCCCCGAGCCGGGACCUGUCCCCGGCCGUGAGCAGCGUAAAGCCCGCCAUCGUGAUCCACAGGGCGGGCAAGAAGUAUGGCUUCACCCUGAGGGCCAUCCGAGUAUACAUGGGAGACUCUGACAUCUACACUGUACACCACAUGGUCUGGCACGUGGAGGAGGGCGGUCCGGCCCAUGACGCGGGGCUGAGGGAGGGAGACCUGAUCACCCACGUCAACGGAGAGCCGGUUCACGGUCUGGUUCACACUGAGGUGGUGGAGCUCAUCCUGAAGAGCGGAGGCAAAGUGUCUAUCUCUGCCACCCCGUUUGAGAACACGUCCAUCAAGGUCGGUCCUGCCCGAAAGACGAGCCACAAAUCUAAGAUGGCGAGACGCAACAAGAAGACCAAGACCAAGGAGGGACAGGACAGCAGUAAGAAGAGGACGUCUCUGUUCAGGAAGAUCACCAAGCAGGCGUCUCUCCUCCACACCAGUCGCAGUUUGUCCUCUCUGAACCGCUCUCUCUCCUCUGGGGAGAGCGGCCCCGGCUCGCCCACGCACAACCUAUCACCGCGGAGCCCGACGCAGGGCUACAGGUCCACGCCAGACUCCGCCCACUCAGUUGGUGGAAACUCAUCUCAGAGCAGCUCUCCAAGCUCCAGCACCCCAAACUCCCCGGCAAGCUCUGGCCACAUCAGACCGAGCUCCCUGCACGGCCUCGCCCCGAAGCUCCAGCGCCAGUACCGCUCACCCCGACGCAAGUCUGCCGGCAACAUCCCCCUCUCCCCUCUGGCCCGCACACCUUCACCCACCCCUCAGAGCAGCUCCCCGCAGCGCUCACCCUCCCCGCUGCCCAGCCACGCUCUGGCACAGUCUGCCGUGGGUCAGUCGUUCCCUGUGAAGCUCCACUCCUCCCCUCCCCUGGUGAGGCAGAUAUCCAGACCUAAGAGUGCGGAGCCUCCACGGUCUCCGCUCCUCAAGAGGGUGCAGUCAGCUGAGAAACUGGCCGCCUCCCUCUCUAACUCCACGUCGUCUCCCUCUGGGGUGGCAGCAGCGGGGGAGAAGAAGCUGGCGGUGGGAGCGGCUGUAGGGAAUCGGAAACACAGUCUGGACAUCUCGCAUUCAGAGUUUAAGAAGGAGAUUCUGCAGAGGGAACCGAGCCUACAGAGCCUUCAGGAGUCAGCCAGCGAGGGUCUGCUGUCCUCAGCAGGACGCGGCGUGGAGAAGGGCAGCCUGCAAAAACACUCCUCCUCGUCCAGGAAGUUAGGGCGUCAGGAAGGGGACGGCUCCCUCAGCGCUGUGUCUGGCUCGCUGGGCCUGGCCCCCGGGAAAAGCAAGCUGAAGGACAAACUGUCCGCCAUCCGGCAGGACAGGGCCGAGCGGAGGGAGUCGCUACAGAAGCAAGACGCCAUCCAUGAGGUCGAUUCAUCUGAGGACGAGACAGACGAGGGCUCGGAGGACAGUCAGGAAGGACGCAGGGGGACAACCUUUACCCCUCCUCCCCUUCUGAGGCCCACCACUGUGAGAACGGGCCCUGGAGGCACGCUGCCGUCCCUCUGCCUCUCCCCCUGCACCCCUCAUGCCACAUUCACCCACACAGGGCCCUCGCAGGUAGGCAGGCCCACUCCCUCGAACACCCUCCCCCCCGUCAAAGAGACGAAACCCGGUCAGAGCACCUCCUCUCCGGUAGUGAAAGACCCAAAGACGGCCUCAUCCACAGAAGACAGUGCAAGACAAGAGAGAAAGGUUCUGGGGCCAAGCGGUGCCACAAAACCCACUGAGGGCCCCCUUCCCUUCUCCACCCCGGGCAGUGCAUUCAUCUCAGUCGGCAAGGACACUUUCCUCAAGCCAACUCCUCCACAAGACUCAAAGAGUCUCAGGGGGAAGACUGCACCUUCAGAGCCCAUUGCAGAGGACCAAACCCUGGACAGCCCCAGAACCACAGUCCCCUCGAGCACGACCACUACAAAUUCUCCCAACUGCACAACCACCACCAAAACCACCGACUCCAGAUCUUCCACCGUUACUACAGACUGCCAAAGCGCUGACAGCCAAGAGACGCCCCGCACCUCCUGCUCCUCUCCGGGCAUCCCCAAGGAGAAGAAGGAGGCUGACAAUCGGAGACUUUGCGCUGCGGCUGCUAAUGUAAGUCUGAGUGCGUCCACGUCUCGCUCCAGUUCCAGCUCCAGCUCCCCAGUGCUGGCCCCUGAGAGUGGUGUGGAAAAAGUUGUGUCCCAGCUUGCAACGGUUGCUAAGAGUGUUUUGGGCCCCGUCAAACUCGGCACCACUGCAGACAAGAGCCAGAAGGACCAGAAACCUUCUAGACGUGGCACCACGGAAAUCCCACCAACUGAACCCCUCUCAUUUCCCUCUAAACAGCUCCCAACCCCUCAGACACCUCAGCGGGUCUCCUCCCUGGCCACCUCGGCCAAAUCCUCAACUCAGAAAAACUUCACAGCCCAGCCGCCAUCAUCCUGCAAGGGCGUCCAAGAAAGGCCCACGUCAGCGUCUGAGAUUAGGGAGAACGCUGCCGUGUCCCCACCUGCACAGCGGCUGGGUGCAGCAGCCGCUCCGCCUGCCGUCAGCACAGUCCCCAGCUCCUCUGCUGCAUCUGAGCCACAGCGCAAGAGGUCCGAACCAACGACGACCACUGCCGCCGCCGCCGUGUCCACCUCCUCGCAGCAAGACAAAGCAACCAGCAAGAAGACGUAGCAGCAACACGCAAAGAACCAGAACAAAAUGUACAGAUCAGAACCACUCAGUGCUGGCUUGAGGUUUUAAAACUCACACAAACUGCAUGUUUGGAAGAAAACAUAUUAGUAACUUUGCACUAAUCAGAGAGUUUGACUUUCAAAGCGAAGCAAAGGUGUAGAGGAGGACAAAGAGCUUUCAGACGCAGAGAUAGAUGUGGUAGUCCUAGUUCCAUUCCAGCUGUUCUGAGCUCUUAAUGUUCAUGUGAGUUAUUUUGGUGUCCUGUCUUUGGUUACUUCUUUCAGGCUAAAUUCCACGAGGCGUUCUCUUUCUGCAAACAUGUACGGGGCUAGAAGUAAAGAGCUCAGUGGUCCAUGCACAUACAAUUGUAAAAUGUAGACACAUUACACACACCUUACCCGUACAGGAUCUUCCUGUGCUGCCUCAUUUCUUUUCAUCUUGAUGUUUGGCUUGGCCUACACGCAUGACCGAUCAGGACGUGUCUUACGGAAACGCACUCUUUUCCUCGUCCCAUCCCUCCUUGCCCAACGAUGUACCCAGCUAUGACUGGGAAAAGAUUGUAUCUCAGCAAUAAAGUGCAGCGUAUGUUUAGCAAUCUGUGUAAAUACAUUACAGUGUUUAUAAUAGGACUAAAUCUGCACGGUCAUUGUACACUCAGCACCCAGCUGACUAGAUCAAAUUACCUUCUCCUCUCGCUGUAGUCCCUGCUGACCCGACACUGCACACAGUGUGUAGUAGGGUAAAUGUAUUCCCCGAGCACAGACUCCAGGCGUGGUGUAGCGAUGUAAAGAGAUUCCUGGUAGCGUCGGUGCUGAAUUAGAUUAGUAUUUGUGCCGAUUUACCAAGUCUGCACUUGAACUUUGACUGAAUCUACAGUUUUAACCCCAAACUCCAAACAACUCGCCUCACUCCUCCAUACGUAGCUGUAUAUUAAAGGUUUAUUGUGCUGCAACAUGAAUGAAUACUUGCUUUCCAUUUUGCAAAGCACACCAUACUUUGUCCUAACAUUUUUUUGCAAGUUCCAGGCAUUCAUUUCUACAAACUAGCACAGAUAGUUACUGUAGCUUAUCCAUUAAAAUGAACACCUUGAGCAAACCUUCCCAGAUCUGUUUCAGGUUUUAAAUGUCUCCAAGUUGAUUUUUUUAAACAUUUGGAAAGCAUUGACUGACUGGAAGGUAGGAAAAGUUUACAUGUACACCAGCAUGUGACCGUUCAUCUAAGACGCUAUAAGCUUGGGUUUCUAAACUAAAAGUACUCGCUUAUUUUUAUUAGCUAAGGGCAUCGCUAACCAUUGCUUUCAAUGGACAGACAUAUGUUGCUUGUGGCAUUUUAUACACGGAGUACAAAAACAGUGAGUCGACACACCUUACCAGUGUUUUAUUUCCGAACCCAUACAGAAAACAAGCCAGUACAUACCUGAUUUUAUAGGCUGAAACUGUCAUUAAGCUGAAGCAUCCAAACUGAGCAUGCUCAGACUGACUGUGGUUAUUUAAAAAUAAAACACUGUUCUGUUGGACCACCGCCUUUUUAUUUCUAGCCCCAAUCAGCCACUAAAAGGCUGCCGUAGUUUUAUUUGUUAUCUGGACCAACUUGCUGUGUUCUUUGCCUCCAAUCCUGUGAAGUCAUCAGACUCUACUUUGUGUAUGUGUGCGUGAGGGAGAGAGUGUUUAAUUUGUGCAUGGUUAUCUGUGUGUGUGUGUGUGUGUGUGUGUGUAUAUAUAUAAGAAUAUUUAAAGUUCUGUUGUGCAUCUGUUUUUAUACCCUGAGUGUGUUUGCGUGGGUGUUUUAGGAUUAUCUGGCUGAGCUCUUUACGUGUCUGUGUUGGGCGUCGAGCUUUGCACAACUUUUAUCUCAUUUGUCCAGUGAAAAACACAAAAAAUCACUAAAAGGAAAGCUGGUCGAGAUGUUUGACUGGUGUGUUUGGGGUUGGUGCUCGAUUCUAGUAUAGCUCCAGUAGGUAAAAACAAAGUCAGUCUCUUUAAAUCCAUCCUCAUGUUUUGGGGGGGUUUUAUUUGUUUUUUUUUCCUAAGUAUACCACCUUUAAUUUCUUUUGUUUUGUCCUGAUCACACCCCUGAUUCUUACUGUACAUCUGCAAAAAACUGUUUGCAGAUUGUUUUUUUUUUUCUUUUUUUUUGUUAACAUUUUUAAGAAAACCACCUUUCAAAAUCGACUGACUUUGAAAGCACACGAGUCCAGUCGUGUCGUACGUUUGAACGUUUCCUGCUCCUGUGUCUCUGAAGAGCAGGAUGUUCCUCUCAUGAGUUUCAGAUGAACUAAACCUCAUCCAGUGUCUUUACUGGGCUUGUGUCACUGUUGGAGAGACAACAGAGUUCUCCGAUUUCAGUUUAAAGGACACUGUUAAACUGACUGUAGCCAUCUCUGCAUUAUGUUUACAUGUUCUUGUUUUGUUUUUGUUUGUUUGUUUUUUUUGUCAAUGGAAAUUGUUGCCUGUAGCAAUCAAACCUCCUCUGACAGGCUGUGAUAAUUACCAACAACUUGUCCACAUGUGUAGGUGACUCCUGAUCAUAACGUGGUGUGUGAGUAUUUAGCUGUGCGAUGAAGGAGGUCUCCUGUGAUGGAGGACGUUUUAGAAAGGAGGGAAAUUCAGCGCACAUAUGUCAAAAUCAUCUCCGCUCUUGUGCACGUCGUGCUUGUCGUCUCGUGGCAGUGCAGAAGGGUGUUAGCAGAUGUGUCUGUGGAACAGAUCAGUGGCAUUUGGGACUUGUGGAGAUGAAGCAGAUCCCGUCGUUUGAGCUGUUGACCUCUCAAGAUUUAUCUGCAGCGUGCUUUGGCCAGGAAGUUGAUGACUAAUGAGUUUAAAACUGCUUCUGUCUUUGGUGGCGUAGACCAACCACAUUGGAUGUUAUUCAUUUACACAACCCAAGCGUCUUGACUCUUAGCGUGAGGUUACUGACUCACUUUUGUCAAGCUGCUCAGAAACAAACGAGGUCAAGGUGGCCCCAAAAAACGGUCAGGUCAGAUUUGAGAGCGAGCACGGACAGAUUAGAAAGCACAGAGGACGUUUUAGAGCAGAGCAUCUAUAAAGAUCUGAGCCCACAAGACAAGUUCUGUCUGUAGAUUUGAGUGAGUUGUUCCAGGGUGGUCAUAUACCUGGAUUAUCUAAUCUUAUCUGUUAGUUAGCUUCCACGCUUCUUGCUCUCAGUUCGUAAACUGUUAUUGGCUUCAAUCUAAAAAUGAAGUAUUUUCCUGUUAAACUCUUCCAGCUAAAUAUCAACAAUGAGCUUCAUUCGCUUUUUCAUAGAUUUAAAAGACUUCAGCUGUGAAAGAGAGAUUAUGAUACCUACUGUGCUUACAUGCUGAAAAUCUGAGAGAAGAUUUCAAACUGGUGACUCUCAAAAUCAGGAUUUUGUACUUAAAGCUAGAACUAAAACUCGAGCAGGGCUAAUAUUAGGAAAUGUCAGUGCAGAAAUGCCAAAGAUAUCUAUAUAAUUUAGAAAUCCUGUUGAACUCUAAUCGAAAUGUGUUUUUUUGCUUAAUGAUUUGUCCCUGUGUGCUCUCGAAUCCUGACUAAUUGAUUAUAGGCGGGUUAAUUAAAUCCAGCCUGUAAAUAUCUUCCACAUCCGUAGGAGUUCUGAUCUGCGCUUGAAUCUCUUCAGGCCGCCAGCUUCUAUUUUACCUCCUUAUUAAGCGCCUGCUGUCGUCAUCAGCUGGAGUUGUGAUUCUCUGUAUGUAAGUUUGAACCUGUGUGCGUUUGUGUGUAGUCAUGCACAAUCCAGUCCAUCUGCUCUCAGCUGGUCGUCCUAUUAGCGCUACAUGGACAGCUGCCUCGCACAAACAUUCAGAUCAAUACUAGUGCCAUCUAAUGUAGGGGUGCCAGUUUCCCCAUCUCCACUGGCUGUGUGAACACACACACACCUUCUCCCGUGUGGGAAGAUGAUGGUCCAGCCAUCUGCUGGAGACUGAAGUAAGUGUCAAGUUCCCUGGUGGAGUCAUUAAUCUCAAGCCCUGAGCCUUUUGGCCAACACAAAUACCACCCAGGCUCCUCUGUCCUGUCCCGGGCCGGUCGGUUCAGCAGUUACACUCUGUUAGCAGUUUGUUCGACCUCCAGCCUGUGUUUACCCAUCAUGCACCUCUGCUGCUCUGCGGCAGAGCCCCACAAACCAGACCCACCGCUACGGACGUUCAUUAAACAGCUGAGAGUCGACAAGUCAAACUGUAAUCAGUCUGAAAGUAGGGAUUUGAGACCGUGUGUGUUACCACUUUUAAGCGAGCGCUUAAAAGCGCUUACUCGUUAUGGCCUUUAAAUAUUUUCAACACCAGGGUCAAUUCAAUACCUGCGUUUUGGUCCAGAUAUCCCAAUGCCUUUUUGUUUUGAAAAAUUACUUUGAGAAAUAUAAACUUUUUUUUUUUUGACACUCACCAAAGAUGCUGAAGUUCUCGAAUGUACACAGUAAAGCAUCUCUAUCUCAAUUUUUUCUUUAAAAUCAGGAAACAUCUGAGAAAAAAAUAAUUACUCAAGGUCCGAAAUCUAACAUGACGGUUCAGUUAAGUUUGACAGUUUAAAAUACUUAAUCCCAGAGACACGUUUCACCCUAUCAAGGGCUCUGAAUUUUGCAGAAAAGCGUGCAGACAAAUCUUCGUCUCCUUCGAUUUAUUACAUCUCUUCUUUUUUUAUUUGUUGUUGUUUUGACCUUGAUUAACUUCCAUACUUAUUGGUGAGCCUUGUUGAAGCCAAAACUUCCAAGUAAUUGGCCUGUAAUGUUUUCAAAAGCACAUUAUUUGCCACAAGAGCUGCAGGAAACUUUGAGCAGAUUUCCGAACAUUAAGACUCUUUCUGUUAGAUAAAAUUACAUCUGUCGUCUGUUUUCAAGCUGUAGUUUUGAGCGUUGACCAUGUAGGAUUUGAAGCAUUUAAAAGUUGUCUUGUGCUGAUGGUUCUGUCCCUGCCUGUCUUGACUUCCAGCUUUAUGGAUGAAUCAGUUGUGGUGUUGCAAGUUUUGGCACUAAUGAGCUUCCGUACACCUCUGACUCUGGCAUGUAGGGGAACCAGCUUUGUCUGUGAGGCACAUAGUUGAUUCAAACAUGAGACUUUGGGUAUGACGAGGUACGAGGAUGAAGCCUUAUUACCACUAACACACACACACACACACACACCAUUACAUGAGAUUCAGUUGAUGUUUUAAUGUGCAGUCCGUUAAGCUUGUAUCUGUGUCUGAGGAGGUCGUUUCUGCUCGGUUGAGCAGCAAAAAAAAGAAAACAUUUUUAUGAACUUGCCUCUUGCAGACGAGGGCAGUAUUUUCAAGCUUUUGUGUUUGUCUUUAAACAGUGAUGAAGACGAGGAGGAAGACGCAGCAGUGCUCCGUAAAAGCUUGAGAAAGACAUAAAGAGGGAGGGAAAAAACAUUGCUAGAGUAAAACCAGUGCAAUAUCUUUUUAUUUUUUAUCGUGGUAAAAGCAUGUUGUUGUCAAUCCUACCUUACAACAAUAAUAAAGUUUUUUUUAUGUA